AACCUGAGAGCAGGAGCAAGUCACCGCUGCACGGGCCUGAAAAGAGCCACGAUGGGCCAAGAGAGAGCUCUGGGCAUUAGCAAACACGGGCACAAAAAAACAUUUUGGAGAGUAAUUUUUUAAAAAAGGAAAAUCAGAAGUCUUUUAGGGUUCCGUAGUUUGUGUUAAGGAAUCAGAGGGAAACGCACGUGUUUUCUGUUCCCUGGGUUUUGAUAGUCUAGUCCUCGUUGCCAAGGUCUCUCUGCCUGCAGCAAAGGCUGUGACUCAGAAUGGAGGCUGGGAGGGGUGUGGCCACCUGUUUUGGGGAGUGGCCAGCGGAGUCUUAGCUGUCCGGAGGACGGGGCUGAACCCAAGCACACUGGCGCUCCCGAUGCAGCCGCCUCCGCGGCCUUCUUUAUUCCAGUGACGGACAACCUGUCACGGGCCGCUGCCAAAUGCCGGCGCUCUGUUUCCUACUCAAGCGUCGCGGGGCUCGGCAUUCCCUCAGCUCCUGACUCCGCAGAAGCCCCAGCCUCCCAGAGAAGGACAUCUCAUGGGAGCGGAGGAGUAACCUCAGCCUCGCUGCGUCUUUCCUCGCCGAGCUCCAAAUUUAGAACCGCUCUAGCAGAUUUGGUGGACAGGCACAAUGGGCGCUCAGAGGCAACUCAUCCCACUCCUGCUUCUUCUGGCUGUUCUCUGUUCCACAGGUGUUAGCCUCAGGUGCUACAGCUGUAUAGAUCCAGUCUCUUCAUGCAAAAUGAAUACCACUUGUUCAAUUAAUAUGGAUUCCUGUCUUAUCGCUGUAACUGGAAGGCAGCACUACCAUCAGUGUUGGCGACUUCGUGAUUGUAAUACCAAGUUUCUUCUCGACCGAUUUCAACUGUCAAAUGUACGAUACAGAUGCUGCCAGGUGGACCUGUGUAACAAAAAACUUGAAGAAGAACAAGAGGAAGAAGACAAGCAAAAAGCUGAGGCAACAUCUUUAUCUGGGAAGACAGCAUUGCUGGGGACCUUGGUUCUGGAGGCCAUGAUUCUAAGUCAGCUCUAAGCUCCAGAGUGCCUCCUUUCUGUAUCUUUUUUGCUGAUGCUGCAGCACUCUAUGGACUUUAUUAUUUUCCAGCUGUGUCCUUUCAGAAAAGAAUAAAGUUCACCUGAACACUGGAUAAGAGGAAAGGAUCUAGGCAGUGCGGAAGGCCACCCUGCUCACAGGGAAGGCACACUUGAAAUUUGAGGGUGAGGUACAUAAAUACAGCACCAUAGGUUAUAUAAUCUUCCUUUGCCCUUGGAGGAUUGGCUUUCCAUUUCAGCUUAAGCGAGUUUCCGACAACCCUCAGUGCUAGCUCUCUGGUUCCUGGAAUGUAACUGAGUAGUGAUAUCAGUACUUUCAGGAAUAUGUGGGCCAGGGGUAUUCUUGUCAUCAUCCUUUCACACUCAUAAAAUGCCUUCAUAAUUUUCACAGAUCCUGAGUUGGUGUGUGGAUAUUCCAUGGGCUUUGCCAGCUUUUGUUGGAAAAAUAUAAUUGCCUCUAAUUUUUUUUCUCAGAAAAGCAGAUUACCUUGACCUUGUUCCACAUAAUGAAAUAAUAAACACUCGGUGAUAUAUGGCA